AUGGCUCCUUUCCUUUUGUUUCUCUUCGUGUUUGCUACUCAGGUGAUUGCUGGAUUCAAUACAAAGCUACCACCUCUAUCAUAUGGAAACCAAGUAACCAUUCUCAGCAUUGAUGGAGGUGGUAUUAGGGGGAUUGUUCCAGCUGUAGUUCUUGAUCACUUGGAAAAGGCUCUUCAGAAGAAGGACGAAAAAGCAACGCUUGCAAAUUAUUUUGAUGUCAUAGCAGGGACUAGUACUGGAGGACUCAUGGCUGCUAUGUUAUCUACUCCUCACCCAAAUCACCCCUAUCGUCCUUUGUUUACUCCUGCAGAAAUCGUAGACUUCUAUAAGAAAUACGGUCCCCAUAUAUUCAAUGAAACUAGCGGUUGGAAUUCUACAUACCCAGGUCCCAAGUAUGACGGAAAGUUCUUACAUGGUAUAAUACGUAAAGUAUUGAAGAAUUCACGACUGGGGGAGACAUUGACGAAUGUUGUAAUCCCAACCUUCGACCUGAAGAAGUUGCAUCCAGUUAUAUUCUCAAACUAUAAGAUAAUGACACGUCCAAGCUUAGAUGCAAAAAUGUCAGAUAUAUGCAUUGGGACUUCAGCUGCACCAACUUAUCUACCACCCUAUUACUUCAAGAACAAUGAUACUGAGUUCAAUUUGGUUGAUGGUGGUGUAGCCGCAACUAAUCCGGCAAUGAUUGCAGUCAGUGAAGUGACACAGCAAGAAAAGAUUCCCUACAUCUUCCCGUGGUGGAAGGAAAGUACCAAAAUCGUGUUGGUAUCAGUAGGAUGUGGAACUUCAAAUGUUACAGGUUAUGAUGUUAAAACUGCUGCUAACUGGUCUGAAGCAUUUUGGGCUGCAUCAGGCAUUGCAACUGGUGGUUAUGAUUAUGCUGCUAAAGACAUGACUGAAUAUUACCUUGCCACUAUGUUCUCAAGUCCCCGGUUUGCACACAACUACUACCUUCGAAUUCAGGAAUAUAACUUGGAUCCCUCCAUGAAUAACCUUGAUAAUGCUACUGAAGAAAACUUGGAAAAUCUUGUAAACGUAGGAAAUAACCUGCUGAAACAACCAGUUUUGAGCAUGAAUGUGGAUACUUUUGUCCCAGAAAAAAAGCCACUUGAGGGUACAAAUGCCGAGGCUCUUGAAAGGUUGGCUGAGAGACUAUACAACGAGAAGCAGGUACGUUUGAGAAAGAAAGCGAUGGAAAAAAGUGGACGACCACUUACUGAAACUUCUGCAUUCUCUUUUGGCCGAACCAAAACAAGUUAG